UUAACUGGACUUUUAUUUCAGAUAAUCAUGUCAGGACGACUUCAUGCAUGCAGGACAGACCGUGUCGAUAAAAACGUUUGGGUUGAAUUCACACAACUAGCAGCAGACUAUAAAGCAGUGAACCUCGGACAGGGAUUUCCUGACUUCUCCCCUCCCAGUUUUGUCCCAGGAGGCUUCUGUAAAGUCGUGAGGUGGAGGGCCGCCUAAUGCCACCAGUACACCCGAGCUUUUGGCCACCCCCCUCUUGUAAAAAGUCUGGCUAAAUUCUUCAGUAGGAUUGUGGGACAUGAGAUCGAUCCAUUUGAAGACAUCCUGGUCACAGUUGGAGCUUAUCAGGCUCUCUUCUGUGCAUUUCAAGCUCUGGUUAAUGAAGGGGAUGAGGUCAUAAUUGUUGAACCGUUCUUUGACUGCUACCAGCCAAUGGUGACGAUGGCUGGAGGAAAGGCAGUGUAUGUACCUCUGAGGCCGAAAGCUGAGGGGAAUGCCGUCCUGCCAAGUGGAGACUGGGUUCUUUCUGCAGAGGAGCUGGCCAGUAAAUUCACUCCACGCACAAAGGCCAUCGUUAUCAACACUCCCAACAACCCAUUAGGCAAGGUUUACAAGACCGAAGAGCUCCAAAUGAUCGCUGAUCUGUGCAUCAAACAUGAUGUGCAGUGCAUCAGCGAUGAGGUGUACGAGUGGCUGACUUAUGAUGGAACCAAGCAUGUAAAGAUAGGUGUGUAGGAGAAAUUCUUAUAAAAGAUUGAGAGUUGCUAGUUCUC